GACACAGCAGGUGGCGCUGUUGGCUGAUAGCCGACAUUGUAACUAGAGAAGAACAACCAAGACCGUGUAGCAGGGCGGAAGCUAGCAGCUAGCUAAUAUUUACAAAGUAAGAAUGAUUUUAAAAGGCGUUAACGUUUUCCCGCUUGUGAGUCUAAGUUCUUGAGCAUUUGAAGGAGCUAACGUUUUGUCAGUUCACUGUACGGAAAACCUCACAUUGACUCUACUAAGCCUGUGGCCACUCAGCAUGGAUAAAACGUUCAGUCAAUGGAAAAAGCAGUGUCUGAGCAAAGUGGACCUCAGUAAGAAGGGCAGUGUGGAUGAAGAUAUUGAACACGUAGUGUCUCUGAUCAACAGCUGUGAGGAGUACUUCACCACCAGCUCCUGCUCCGGGCGAAUCAUCCUCGUCGAUGCGGCUCCAGAGAACAGUGAUGUCCAGAAACAGAACUGUAUUUGGUUGUUCGUCUCACACCAAAACUGCACAUCGGAUGACAUGAUGUCUGGUCUGGCCAAAUCCAGUGGAGAUGCUGUGUUGAAGUUCGAACCCUUUGUACUCCAUGUUCAGUGUAGGAGGCUGGAAGAUGCACAGCUAAUGCAUUCAGUGGCCAUCAACUCUGGCUUCAGGAACUCUGGUCUUACAGUCAGCAAGACAGGAAAGAUCAUCAUGGCAGUCCGUAGCACCCAUGGUCUGGAGGUUCCUCUGAGCCAUGAAGGAAAGCUCCUGGUUGGACAUGAAUACAUCCAUUUCUUAACUCAGAUAGCCAAUCGGAAGAUGGAGGAGAACCUCAGACGAAUCCACAGGUUCUACCACAAUCUUCAGUCAGCUGUGACAACAGAGAGAUUACAAAAACUACAAAUCCCUGGUCCUCCCAGCUCACAGGAACUACAGUGUUCCCCUAACAGAGUGGAGACAGAAGAGGAGAAGAACAAAAUAAGCAUGUAUAGACGAAGGCGGAAGAGAGAACAGCAUCAGACUGGCUGUUACCAUGGUGACGCAUCCACCAGUGUGCAAGAGCAGGAUUACUGUCUGGAUCUGUUCACGUGAAGUGGUGGUUCUGCACAUGCUCAGUGUUUCAUCAGUUGGGUAGUGCUGGUGCUCAUUGUGACUGCUUUAGUGCUGUUUAUUAUAUGACUGAGAGCAGCGGCCUCCAUUACAGAGUAAUGUGCUGCCAUGCAGCAGGGUCAGCCUGCCUACAGACUGAUCCAGCUGCUGGAAUAGCAAAGCUGUUGUUUCUGUGGGAUCUCAACAUGGACAAAACUGCUACAAUAAUGUGAGCUGUAAUAAAAAGCAAUAAGUAUAUUUUUUACACAUAAGGAGAAUCAUUUAGUUUCAUUCUAUUCCAAAUAUGAAACAGUCCUUAUUCCCAGUUUUAGUCCUAGUAGUCACAAGUACGAGAUAUAACAGAAACUGUUAGUGCAGUUCAGCAUUAUCACUGGCUGCUGUUUACCGGCCACUCCAGCUCCAGGCAGGUUUUGGUGGAGCUUCUGUUAAUAAUACUCAUCAGUGAAGUUAUUCUUCAAUGCACUCAAAUGUUUUUUUUCAUCCACACUGCAAAACAAUUAAAUGCUUCAUUGUCUGAAUUAGCCAACCUUUGUGGCCAUUGCU